AUGGAAUUAUGCCUAGCCGUCCAUCAAUUUGAUUAUGCUUUACGGGAGGAUAAACCCGUGGCUCCCGCUGCUGGUGUCACGGGGUAUGCUGAACUAAAGAAAACUUAUGAUCCCAAGAUGGAGAUAUGGGAAAAGUCAAAUCACAUUGCUAUGCUUUUGAUGAGAUCAUCCAUAUCACCUGACAUAAUUGGGGCACUACCCAAGAAAGAUACUCCUAAGGAAUUCAUGGCAGCCCUGGAGGAGCAAUUCAAAGGCUCCGACAAGGUUUAUGCGCAAGAACUUUUUCACAAGCUCCUUGGGGAAUAUAAUAAUGAUGGUGAUGUCAGGGCUCACAUUUUAAAGAUGAUGAAUGCUUGUAACAAAUUGAAGGCAUUACAAUGUGAGCUCAAUGACAAUCUCCUUGUCAUCAUGUUCUUGGACUCCCUCCCUGAAGAGUUUGAUCAAUUUAAGAUUAACUAUAACUCUCUUAAAGAGAAAUGGACAAUCGCGGAGAUAUCUCCAAGAAUUGUCGAGGAAGAAGAGAGGACUAAGAGGCAAGGAAAGGACCAAGCCUUUAUAGUUGGCUCCUCCAAGAGAAAACACGAUGGAGCAAGCUCUUCUAAGCAACAGCCACAAAAGAAGUUCUUUAAGAAAAAUUCAUCAAACUCAUAUAAAGGAAAGGAGAAGGUGGAUGAUAAGCCUAAAGACAACAAGUGCAACUUCUGCAAGAAUGAGGGUCAUUAUGAUUAA